AUGGCAGCUCCAUUAGUUACAUUAGGAACUUUAGGUAUAUUAGGCUUAACAGCCUUAAGUAAUUGUGUAUUUACAGUCGAACCAGGUCAUACUGCUUUAAUAUUUUCUCGUUUAUAAGGUUUAAAAAGUCUUUAAUAUUCUGAAGGAUGGCAUUUUAGAAUUCCUUAUUUUGAACGUCCUAUAUUAUUUAAUACAUAAACUCGUUUUAAAUCAUUUUAAGCAAAUACUGCUAAUAAAGAUAUGUAAAAUAUAAAUUUAACAAUUAGAGUACUAUUUGAGCCUUAAUAAUCAAAAUUACCUGAAUUAUAUAGAUAUGUAGGAACAGAUUAUGAUGAAGUAGUUUUUCCUUCUAUAGUUAAUGAAAUUAUGAGGGCUGUUGUUGCUUAAUAUUCAGCUAGUUAAUUAAUGAGUUAAAGGGAUAAAGUAAGUGAGAAAAUCAGAAAAACUUUAGAAGAUAGAGCUAAGCUUUUCCAUAUAAAUAUUAAAAAUAUUGCAAUUACAGAACUUUCUUUUUCAAAGGAAUAUCAAGAAGCUACUGAAGCUAAAAAAAUAGCAUAAUAAGAAGCUGAAAGAGCUAAAUAUAUGGUCGAAAAAGCUAAAGAUGAAAAAAAAUCAAUUAUUAUCAAGGCUUAAGCAUAAGCUAAAUCUAUUGAAUUAGUCGGAAAAGCAGCAGCUAAUGAUCCAGCUUAUUUGGAUGUAAAAAGAAUUGAAUUUGCAAAAGAAAUUUCAGGUGUUUUAGCAGAUUCGAGAAAUCAUAUUAUGCUUAGCAGUGAUAUUUUAUAAAUGGAUGCUUUCAAAACAAGUAGUGGUUAUUAAUUCAAUAUUGAAAAAGGAAAAUGA